AUGACCCAGCCAAUUGACUUAGGGCACGGCCUGUUCCAAACUACAGGUUCGCCUCUACAGCUCCAAUUCAGCGCAACGGCAAAUUUCACUCAAGCAUCAACUGGAUUAAGUCCAAGCUCGAGAAGCAGUUUCAGCCAUUGGAAAGAUCUGCAGUCAUUGUGGAUUACAGAGGCUCCAGAACUUGAGCUGCGCAUCUUUGUCAGAGCCGACCCUCUGAUUGAGACCGCUGGGCCCACAUUCAUAGACUUUCUGGAGAAAGGACUCUGCAAUUCAGAGGUUUGGACCAAUCUGGGAUUCGACAUCAUCCUCAAAAGGCGCUCCAAGUUUGGAGAUUCCAUAGCUUCGGGAAUCCACUGCCUCGAGUUUGGUCUUUGUCGAAGAAGCACAUCCCAUGUCUCUACCAACAGCAAGAGCAUUCCUCCGAUCUUGAAAAAUCCCCCGGAAGCUCACACCCCUUCUAAUAUCCCAACGGCGUGCCUGGCAUCCAUUGACCUGCAACUGCGAUAUGCAAACUGCGACGCUGUGCAGCAAUUGGAGACACAGAUCAUAGAGACAUCGGAGCACACAACUGAAGAUGGGAUUGGACGUCAAAACGGAUCUUCCUCGAUGCAAUAUACCCACUCAACUGGAAAAAUUGCCGUCGCGGCUUUUGCUCUGUCUACCAUUGAGGACCUGCUCCUCCCCUUUGACCAGCCUUUCAAUGCGGAUGAGAGCCACAAUUUUGAUCCCAUGAGACAAACAUUAAAAGUCGAAGACCUUUUCCUACAGUUUUUGGAUCUGGUCAAUUUUGGCUUACAGAAAUUGAUUCUGUCGGGUACAAGUAGAAAUCCCCACACCCAGGUGGUUGGCAAGAACAAACUUCAGAAUCUGGCCUUGCUUGCGCCUGCAGUCUUCAAUCCAGAAUACCGUGAGGCGAUGAAACAGAGGGCUGCAUCGCUCUCGACGAUCAGCAGGUCACUCGUACCGAUGCUCGAAAACAGCAACAGUCCUAUCAUACAGAGCAAGCUGUCUGCGAUAAUGCGGAAGUCAACUGGUGGAAAAGAGUUCGUACCAUCUGGGAUGCCACAUGAGACACCACUGAAAAACAACUUCAAGUCUACAAUAGAGUCAUCACUGUGGAGUAUUGCCCAGCAUCAACUUAAAAAAGCCAAGACUUCCAAAACAUCUGCAUCGUUCUUUGAUUCAAGCUGCCUGUCAAGAAAGCCAUCCAUUCAGACAGAAGAAGACGAUCUUCUACCAGCACCCUCGGAGCAAGACUUUGGAUUUGACAGCGAGAUCCUGGGACUGGACAGCGAUCCCGGGAUACCUCCAAACCGGAACAAUCAACGGGGGUCAGACAAGCUGCUCUCCGAUGGCAGCAGCAUGCUUAGUUUCCAGGACUUACACGAAUUAAACCAGACGACUGAUACAACUCAAACGACUCAGAAAACCUUUGAAAAUUUUUCCCAGACGCGCGAAUGCCAGCCUUAUGGCUGGGAUGACAUGGAUAUUAUUCUUUCAGAUGAGAUUUUGAUGGAUGAGAGCUUUGAACAGCAUGGAGAUUUUGACGACAUGGAACUAGUUUAG